UCAUGAUUUGUUUGUACUAAUAAAUGAAUAGUUAACACUUAACACUUCAAUCAACGGCUACUAUUACUCAUGUCUUCGUGGCCAAUAUCCAACCGUUGAUUCCCUUAUUCAACUAUAUCUAAUUGAAUGAAUAUACUCAUAGUAUUUUCUUGUUCUGGUCACAUUCACAAUCAAAUUCUCUCAUUUCAUCUCAGGGUUGAUUGAUUUGUUAUGUCGACAUCGGAGGAUAAGCCGGAAGUGGUGGAAAGGGGGCUUUUUAAAGAUGAUAAGCACAAGGAAGAAGAUAAACAAGAAGAAGAAGAGAAGGGUGGAUUUAUUGAAAAGGUGAAGGAUUUCAUUCAUGACAUUGGUGAGAAGAUUGAGGAAGUUAUUGGAUUUGGGAAACCAACUGCUGAUGUUAAAGCGAUACACGUUCCGAAAAUUAACCUUCAUAAGAUAGAUCUUGUUGUUGAUAUUCUCAUCAAGAAUCCCAAUCCGGUGCCAAUUCCUUUGAUUGACAUCAAUUAUUUGAUUGACAGUGAUGACAGGAAACUCAUUUCCGGUUUGAUACCGGAUGCAGGUACUAUCCAUGCUCAUGGAGAGGAAACUGUCAAAAUUCCUCUUACUUUGAUUUAUGAUGAUAUUAAGGAAACCUAUGCUGAUAUUAAACCUGGAACUAUAAUUCCUUAUAGAGUUAAGGUUGAUCUUAUUUUUGAUGUUCCUGUCUUGGGAAGGUUUACGCUACCUUUAGAGAAAAAAGGAGAAAUUCCAAUUCCUUAUAAGCCUGAUGUUGAUAUUGACAAGAUUCAAUUCAAAAAGUUCUCUUUUGAAGAGACGGUUGCGAAUCUUCAUUUGAAAUUGGAAAACAUGAAUGAUUUUGACCUAGGUCUCAAUGCACUUGAGUAUGAGGUUUGGCUUGGUGAUGUUAACAUUGGAGGUGCACAGCUCAGUAAAUCUGCUAAACUUGAGAAAGGUGGAGGAAUUAGUUACAUUGAUGUUCCAAUUACUUUUAGGCCUAAGGAUUUUGGUUCUGCAUUAUGGGAUAUGAUUAGAGGAAAGGGAACUGGUUAUACCAUGAAAGGUAACAUUGAUGUUGACACUCCUUUUGGAGCAAUGAAAUUGCCUAUCAGCAAAGAAGGCGGUACUACCCGUCUUAAGAAAAAUAGGGAAGAUGGAGGUGAUGACGAUGACGAUGACGAGGAUUGAAGACCUGUAGCAACUCAUUGCAGCUGUUAAUUUUAUUUACAGCCCAUGUCCAUUGGAAAAUAAAGUUUGAUGAACAUUUAUGUAUCUUGAGAAAUUGAUUUGACAUUCGAAUUAUGUGAUUUCAUCAUGUACUAGUGAGUAUGUCCGUUCAUUCAGGCAUGUGCUUUCGGUCUGUGUUCUUGUUUGAGUACUUGAUUGACGAUCAUGACAAGCUUGUGCUACCUUUUGGUGAGAUAUAUGACAAUUAGUCAAAUUUACCAGUUUUAAAUUUAUUUGUCUUGUGA